AUGAAUAUGGCUAAGCUUUCUGAAAAGCAUGAUGUCAAGCUUCUGACGCGUGGUACCUUGCGAACCAUGGCAUCCAGUCUAAGCAAGGGAAAGUGGCACCACAUCGACAAGAUCCGAUCUGCAACGAACAUCCCCAAUGAAGAGAACUACCGUCGGUAUUAUGCCACAAUGACCUGCCGCGGAAGCUGGUUGCUCUCUCAAGAACUUCUCCGCGCUGUGAGAGCCAUCGCCGAUAACAUAGCGUUGGCAGCAAGCGACUUACGGCCUCCGGACUGGAGGGUACUGGGCGGCCAUUGCGGGCGCGCGCAUGCGAGCCUGCGAGCAAGCUGA